AUGUUCUUUAUUAUAUGUUCAGUGACAAACAAGAAACCAGCUCAAGCAUCUAUUACGAAGGUGAAGCAAUUUGAAGGCUCUACAUCUUUUGUCAGGAGAACCCAGUGGAUGCUCGAGCAGCUUCGCCAGGUCAAUGGUAUAGAUCCUAAUCGGGAUUCCCCAGAAUUUGAUUUAAUAUUUGAAAAUGCUUUUGACCAAUGGGUAGCAAACACAGCUUCAGAAAAAUGCACAUUCUUCCAGGUUCUGCAUCACACUUGUCAGCGAUACCUUACAGACAAGAAGCCAGAAUUUAUCAACUGCCAGUCUAAAAUUAUGGGAG